UAUUACGAGUAUGUCUGACAAGCAGGUUCGUAUCAUUUUUUCUGUAUCCACAGCCUUCACAAAAUGCAUGAGUAACGACGUGCAGAUUAUACACGAACAUUUUUGUGCGCACAUAGAAUGGGCCCAGACAGUAAACCAAGAUUCCGUGAAAUGUUUGCCUCUAAAACUAGCGAUUUUAAGUUGGACUACCCUGUUGGUUAUUGGGAUGCGAACAAAGCUACUUACAAAUUUGUAAGAGAAAGUAUUCUGGAAGCAGAUUAUCCAGAAAAGAAGGUAGUGUUUGUCAAAGACUUUUCGUUUGCCAUUACCUGGAAACUAUAUAUGUUGCCGAAAGGAUAUCGCCAUGCAUUCUUGAUUCGAAAUCCUGUCAAAGUGUUUCCAUCAUGGAAGAAAUUAUUUAAUAACUUUAGUGAUGUAUUGUUUAUUGAAAGCAACCUUAUGGACAACAAAGGAUUGUUGAUGCCUGAAAAAUACGGAUUGGAGAGAGUUUCGAAAAUUUACGAGCAUCUUAUCAAAACAGGAAUCGAAACAAACCCCAUCAUUACUGAUUCUGAUGAUUUUCUAGAAAAUCCAGAGUCGAUUUUAAAGCAGUUUCGUGAGCGCAUAGGAAUUCAGUAUACAGAUAAACUGCUGCGCUGGAAUGCUGGAGAUGGUCAAGUACAGGAAUGGAAGACAGCGAAAAUAUUUCUACAAGGAAAACAACCACCUGGCUUUUAUGAAAAAGCAUUUUCUAGCCAGAAGUUUGUCAAGCCUAAUCCAGCGCCUGAUCGAUCUGACUUACCAAAUGACGUCAACACUUGUAUUGACGGUGCAAUGUUGUGUUACGAAAAAUAUACGAUCUUCGAUUGACGGCAGAGUAAAAAGAUGCAAAGGAUGAAAACGAUUUAUUUCAUUCUCCCUGUAAUAAUGGAGAACAUGCUGGAAUAGAUUUAUAUUUUUUUGUAUGACAGUUAAAUUGCCAAUUGAUCAAGCAGGGUACAACAAUUACAACUAUAAUAUACAUCUGACAAAAUGUACUGCUUGGCUAGGUCUCCGUUGGCAAAGUUUCACUUUUCAGGUUUAAUGAUACAUUCUUAGAAUCUUCCUAAUAAGAUAUUCAUGUCUUUUUAAGUAUCGACCUACACAUAAUUUUACCUGUGAUGAAAGAUCACUUGAUAAGGACCGACGAUAAAUUGCGAAAUAAACUUAAGUAGUAGUGCCUUGU